AUGUCAAACAUCGAAACAAAACUUGAUGAAUGUAAUCCGGAUAUAUCAAAAAUGAUUAAUUCUACGGAUAAUAUCAAUAUAUUUAUUCAAAAAUUAUUCAUACUUUUGAUUGAAAUACAAGAUGAAGGCAAAGAUUAUUACGAAACGAGGGAUUUUAUUAAUGAAUGCAUUAUUCUUUCAACUAGAUCAACCGAUGACGUUAUUAAAUGGCUUAAGGAAAAUCAAAAUGAAUCAAAACACGUUUUCUUCCUUGGGAUUUUUCUUUUUAUGAUUAUGGAUUUGAAGGAAAUAAGAAUGAAAUGUUUGAAUGCUUCCUAA